AUGCGGCCUACAACAAUCACCCGUGUAGCUGGCCUGAACCGCCUCAAGUCUUGCUCCCGCAAUGGAGCUACCCGGCGGUACUUGACUAUGCUGCAGCCGCCCAAGUUCGAGAAUGAGAAGAUGUUGAACUAUGCCAAAGGCUCGCCUGAAAGAACAGAGCUCACCAAAACCCUUCAAAAGCUUAAGAGUGAAUUUCCAUUCACCAUUCCUAUCCAAAUUAAUGGCUCAGAAGUCGAAACAAAGCAAUCACGAGCCCAACUAAACCCUUCGAAACACCGCGAGAUCGUUGCCAACUACGCAUCUGCCACACCGGAACAAACCAACGCCGCGAUUGAUGCAGCCCUCAAGGCCAAGCCGGCGUGGGAGGCAACUCCGUUCGAAGACCGCGCGGCCAUUUUCCUGCGUGCCUCUGAGCUCGUCACCGGUAAAUAUCGUCCAGAAAUUGUUGCGGCGACAAUGCUUGGACAAGGCAAAAACAUCUGGCAAGCAGAGAUCGAUGCAGCAGCGGAGACUGCUGAUUUCUUUCGUCACUACGUCCAAGAAGCUUGGUCUCUCUUCGCUCAACAACCGAGGGUCCAACUUGACGGAAACUGGAAUAAGAUGGAGUACCGGCCCUUGGAAGGCUUCACCUAUGCUAUCGCACCAUUCAACUUUACGGCUCUUGGCGCUACCCUCGUCGGGCCAGCUGCUUUGCUUGGCAACGUUGUUAUUUGGAAGCCUUCUGAUUCGGCUCUGCAUGCUAGCUGGCUGCUUCACAAGAUCUUGCUCGAAGCUGGUCUCCCUAAGGACGUGAUUCAAUUCUUACCCGGCGAUGCUGAGGAAGUCACCAACACCAUUCUCAAGAGGCCCGAAUUCGGUGCUCUCACGUUUAUCGGGUCGACCACGACAUUCAAGGGAAUUCAGAAGAAGAUUGGUGACGGCAUUGGCAAGGGAAUUUAUAAUUCUUACCCUCGCGUCGUCGGCGAAACCGGUGGCAAGAACUGGGGUGUGGUGCACCCCUCGGCAGACGUGAGGAGUGCUGCUUUGAACACCAUCCGGGCUGCUUUCGAGUAUCAGGGACAGAAGUGCUCUGCCAACUCGCGCGUCUACGUGGCAGAGUCUGUCUGGCCCGAGUUCCAAAAGGUUCUGGCCGAGGAGACCGCAGCUCUGAAGGUUGGAAACGUUGAAGACUACGGGAACUUCAUCAACCCCGUGAUCCACGAACGAUCUUUCGACAAGCUCAACAAGUUCCUUGAGGAUGCCAAGACUGAUUCCGAACUUGAGCUCGUCGUGGGUGGCAAGGCCUCUAAAGAGGAAGGAUUCUACGUGCACCCUACCGUGUACCGUACAUCCAACCCCCGCCACGAGAUCAUGUCCCAAGAGCUCUUCGGUCCUAUCCUCGGUAUCUACGUAUACCCUGAUGCGGAAUGGGAAAAGACCUUGAAGCUGAUUGAUACGACGUCUCGCUACGGCUUGACAGGUAGUAUCUUUGCCAAGGAUCCAUACGCCAGCCGACAGGCACAAACCAUUCUGAAGCAUGCUGCUGGUAUGCUCUACCUGAACACCAAAUGCACUGGCUCUACUGUGGCUCAGCAGCCGUUUGGCGGAAGCCGAGACUCCGGUACGAAUGACAAGACCGGCACAAUGGCCCAUCUGCAGCGAUUUGUGAGCACUCGCACCAUUAAGGAGGAGUUUGUUCCCCUGGAGAAGGUGGAAUACCCUUCUAACGAGGUAUAA